AUGAUCCGGCUCAUGCAGCUGGAAAGCACAUGCUCAAAAGACUAUGUCCCUCUAGCUGAAAUUCUCGGGAAGUUUUUUCAAAUCCGUGAUGACUACAAGAACCUCCGAAGCAACUCCUACGCCCAGAAAAAGGGCAGUUGCGAGGACAUCACGGAAGGCAAGUUCUCCUUUCCGAUUGUGCACAAUAUGCACAAGGAUCCAGAGAGCAAAGUUGUCGGAAGCAUCCUGAGGCAGAAGGUGGACAAUGAGCGGAUGAAGGAUGUUGUUCUUAUCUGUCUAGAGUCAACAAGAAGCUUUGAAUAUACAGAGAGAAUGCUAGAGGACCUUGCGCGACAAGCAAGAAUUCUCAUCCUUGAAAUGGAUGACGGGAGAGGGAAGGCUCAAAAGUUGUUGAAUUUUGUUAAAACGCUUCAGAUUUGA